AUGUCGCCACAAAUACAUAAUACUCUCCCCUGAGAUGUACACGAGAACAGAGUAUUCAAGUGGUAAAAAUUAACUGAAUACUUUUAGUUUUGAUACACACUACAUGUUACUAAUGAUAAUGAAGAUAAUAAUAAUAAAAAUUCCAGACUUUUAAUCUGAUAAAAUUUGGAUUGCAGGCCCUGUACCUGUAAUGGAAUAUUUCUACAGUGAAGUAUUCAGGGUCAGACCACCUGUGCGAUGACAACUUGUUACAGGUUUCAGAAUGAGCAGACCUACUUUCAGGACUGUUACUAAAGUGGGCCAAAAUUUUACUAACGCUUAUGUAUUUUUAGGUGCAUCAAAUUUUGAAUGGAACACUUUUUGUGGUAUUUUUGGUACUUUACCUACACUUUUAUGAAAUGUUCUCGUUCUCCCCUGAGUUUUACAUGUUGAAUUGAUGAAUAUUUCCACUGUGGUGAGACUUUGUUGAAACAUAUUGAAGUUGUCACACCACUCCAAUUAUCUGACAGCUAUAUUGCAGAAUAAUAUUUUAUAUGUAAAACAUACAGAUACUACAUAAUAGGGAACAAUACUGUAUGGCAAUAUGGCAUUAAAAGAAAAAGAAUUAGUGCUUUUAGGUUGUACACUGAUACAGACCCAAGGUUUACUAAUGCUGUUGUACUUCACUAUUUUGAUUGCAGCAUUUUUAUUGGAGUAUUUUUCCAGAUGUUGUCACUUUCUCUUCACUGCAUUUAUUUCUCAGGAGUUUUAAGGAAAUCUUGCCAGAGGACUUACAGGAAACAGGUUAAAAAAAAUAAAAGUCUGACUUUUUGGCUAAAGAUUAGGUCAAGCCCCAAAUUUCCCAUAACACAACUCAGUUAUAUCUAUUCAAUCCUGACAUUAUUAGGGUUUUUUUUUUUUCCAGACUUCACAAGGCUCCCUCUGGAGCCACAAAAGACAUUUCACAAUUUUUAUUAGUAACAGACUAACCAGUAAUCUCUUUACCAAAUCAUAUGAACUUGAAACUGGUUAAGUUGUCUUUUAAAAUCUGAAUGUGGCUGAGUCAUUGAAAGACAAGCAGGCCACAGGCUGAUGGUGCCGCCUGAUAGCAACCACGUACACACAUCAACAGAGUGGGCAUUAAAGCUCAAGAGGCCACAGCAUCCCCAACCUCCUCUUCAGCACACUGUACCGUAUAUCCUCCACUGAAACCGCAAGGCUGUGCACAGGGCCACACAAGUUUGCAGGAGGUGCAGACGGCAAAGAUAAAAGGAAGGGAGAGAGGAGAGGAAGUCAGCUUGAAGAGGUUGAACCACAGACGCUGCCAAGAAGUAAUGAAGAAGACGUAAAGGUGCACAGACUGAAACAAGAGUCGGAAAUGAAGAGAGCUUGUGAGAGGGGGAGACUGUAGUAAAACAUCUCUGCUGUUGCUGUGUCGUAGCGGCUGAAACUGUGGGAACCCGCCUGGUUUGAGAUGUUUGACUGCAUUGGACCUGCAAGACUUGCAGAACCAAGACCAUCCACUGACAUACACUCACCUCCACUGCAUUCACCGCCCCUACUCUCUGGGGGAAAGAGGCAGAGGUAGGAAGGGAGUGAGCAGACAGUAGAAAGAGGAAGCAGCAUGUAGUUGUGGUGGUAGCUCUGAUCAGUGCUUCUCUAUUUUGCUUAACUAAAUAAUGAUGCGUUUGGAGGAACAUUUCCCACUUGGAUCUUCUGCAACUGGAAGAUGACUGGAGCUUUUCACAGUGUUCCCAUCAUGAGGCCUUACUACUGCUGGACCGUCCUGUAUGUGUCCAUCUUGGCAGCGCUGGUUCUCACCUUAAACGCUGACAGUAAAACCUCAGAAUGUGAAACAUCAAUUAAAGUACGCCGCAACACAGUUUACCAGGCCUUUGUUGGACAGGACCUCAGGAUUAACUGCACUGUUUCAUUCUGCAACAAUACACAACCAGUCUCCUGGUUUAAGCUUGAAAAUGGUACUGACUCAGUCAGUGUCAACAAGAACAGUCACAUUAAAACAGAGUGGAAACCGUCAGACCAUUUAGAGGGGACAUCAUAUUUGAUCUUCCAAAAAAUACUCAGCAACGACUCAGGUGUGUAUCGGUGUCGAAGUGGAGGCAGUGUGAGUCAUAACAUCAACAUCUUAGUCAGUGGUGAUGCUGAGCUAACCACUGUUACAUCGAGGACAGAAACAACUAGCACAACUUCUAGUCCUGAACCCCGAGAAAAUCUACUGAUGUACGUUUACUGUGCUUCUGGGAUUCUGGCAUUCGUCAUGAUAGUGAUAGUUAUAUCUGUCAUAUCAAUGCAAGGGUGUAAAGGUAAAUCAAAGAAAGAGACACAAACUGAAAACCAGUACAUUGCAAUCCCCAUGGUCGAGCAACCCUUCCAAGAUGUCGGCCUCCAGCCUGCACCAAGAGAAAGCCCCUCUGCUCCACCACCUCGGAGGUCUACGCGGAGAAAGGCAGCGCCCUCACAGUUACCGAGAAAUAAUGAGCGUGUUUGUGACGGCAUAAAAGAGAACAGAGAGAGACAGAGGAAUGUGGAGGAGGAGGAGGAGGAGGGGAGCUCUGUCGUUUACGCUGCACUCAACCACCAGCUGCCACCGGGGGCUGCUGCUCGGCCAUGGAGGCCACAGGAGGAGUUUUCAGAGUACGCGGCUAUUCGUGUGUCAUAAAGACCCACUGGACUAAACUGGACUAAACCACUUCAAAGCAGAGGACAUCUCACAUUAUGUGGAGUAAUAUGGGUCUUAAUGUUGGCUACAGUAAAUUUGGCUCCGGUAGCCACCCACACUAGAGGACCACUGACGAACAUUUGAAACUGGUGCAUCCUAGAGGAGCUUGAGAGGGAAAUUAUAAAGGCAUACACAGCGAGGAUUACAAUUCAGAAAACUCAUCAUGGACAAAAAACUGCUCUGUUAUCACAACAUGAGGAUGUUACAGCAAAGAGCUUUCAACCCAAUCUACCAAAGAAUAAUUCAAGAGCUAAAAUGUGCACCUACACCAUUUGGUCAAUACUAUAAAGGCCCUGCACACCUGCACAGGUGCUCUCACUCUGACUUGAUCUCUGCUCAAGCUGAAGUCUGGGGGAGCUAUGCCAGGAGGUCAUCAUGUACCAAACUGAAUGACAAAGGUAAAAAGACAGGUAACAGAAGAGAAAGACAUGAGGUAAAGGUAACAAAUUACACUAGUUCUUUCUCUUUCUGUUGACCUCAUCUCAUGUCUAACAUGUUUGAACAUAAAGGAACUAAAGAAAGGAUGUGGUACGUUGAGGUGAGAUUAUUUUGUCUCCUAACAGGUGUCGAGGUUUAUACUGAAAUAUUAUCAUCAGAGGAAGAAGCCUGAUGUCGCAGUUGCAAAUUGAGUGUACGGCAUCGCCCCCUUCUCAGGAGUUUGAACAUGACGUACUCUGUAUUGAGAAAGGCCUGGUCUGUGCACGGCUAUACAACCCAGAGUUAGCAAAGUGCCAGAAGUAAUACUACAGAGAGGCUACUAAAUAGACUAAAACUGUUAGCAUGUAGUAUCUGGACAUGUCUUUCAGGUUGUAAGCUGCCAAACUGCAGGUGCAUGAAUCAACCCUCACUUACGUUUACAGGUUAAGGGAUAAAGUUAGUGAUAGUCUACUUGUUUCUUAAUGCCAAUAAAUCCCAUGAAAAGACUGAAAACAACAUCAAGUAUUGUCUUUGAGGUGACGUGUUCCUUCAUUAUGAUGAAAAUGGGCACUGAAGUUUAUUUUGAUUCACCUGCACUGUGCUGCUGUAAAUACUCACUAGACCACUAAAUGUGUAUUAAUCCGCUACUGGAAAUAGUCCUCAACAAAUUCACUCUUUACACCUCUUUGAACACGUUUUGCUAAAACCUCCAUACCCUUUUCUUAGGAGAUGAUAUUUUAUAAAAUGAAACAUUUUGUAGAUUUGUGCCCUGUUUUUAAAGACUGGGGGGCUGAACGUUAAAGAUUGGGUGAGAAGUCAGAAAACUACUGAAACGGGACUAAAGUUGUGUUGGGUUUUGGUAUUUUAAUUGGAUUUGUUGACAGUAAAAAUAUAAUAAAGUAGUGAAUAAAAUAUAGCCUUAUCCUCUGAGAUACAGGAAGAUGAAAUCAGGCUACAAAGUCCUUGGACUGUAGAUCUACAGCAUGAGAGAGGCCAGAAGCAGCAGAACAUCUUACUAAACUAAAUGUAUUUUUAAAGACCAACCUUGGCUCGAAUGUUUUGUGUCAUGCACUCUGACUAAAACUGUGACUUGUUCUGUCGCACAUCAAUGACUUGAAUUUACUCCUCUGAGUAACAUCACAUCUGAUAACAGUAAUAGUCUCAUGAGCUUACAACCUGUAUCAUAUCACCUAUUCAUGCAUUUCCUGACUUUAUGAAUGACUAAUGAGCUUUUGUAAUUUUAUAAUUACUGACUGUGAUUGUUUAACUGGGAAAUAGAGAAUGUAAUAAUUAUCUAAUUCCUUUCUGUGCAAUCAAAUAAUGUGUAUUCAUAAUUGUUUGAUUUGAAUUAAGAUUAUAUGAUGAAAUGACUGCUGAGUCACUUUUGCUCUUUGUUUUCUGUUUCAGUUUAAUCAAAUGUAAGCAGAAAUGUUUACUUGAAAAUCCCCAAAGAGUGUGUGUGUGUGUGUGUGUGUGUGUGUGUGUGUGUGUGUGUGUGUGUGUUUGCGCCAUGAUAUUUAUGUUGAGUGUAUGUGCCUUAACAGUAUAAAGUGUGUUAGGGGUACAUGUACACCACUGUAAGACCACCGUAAUCAAAAACAGGAAGUAAAAGCCACCACUUGGCAUUUACUGUGAUAUAUAUAAAGCAAACAUAAGCUGUCUUUAACAGAAGUGGAUACCUGGCUCUUCAAGUGUUUUCACAAUGAGACCUCACUACUGCCUGACCAUCCGUUAUGUGUCUAUCUUUGUGGUACUCGCCUUCACUGUGGACGCUGUUGAUGGUGUUGAGCCCGCCCCAGUAACACAGAUGGCUUCAGUGUUAUGUACAGCAGCUCAGGACACUUUCUGGUCAUUUGUGUACCGUGUUGUUGGAAUCAUGGUGUUUGUCAUCAUAGUGAUAGCCAUAUAUGUAACACCAAAGCGAGGGUGUAAAGGUGUCUGCUGUGCAGGAGGAUCCAAGACCCCACCAGAUCCACCAGAGCCUUCCUGUCAUGAUCAUAUCUAUGAAAAUGAUCCCUAAAAAUCAAUCUGCUGAGUUAAACGUCAUGAUAUUAGGGCUAUGAGUUAUACCAAAACAUUUCAUAUAAAUCAUUUCAAAACAGGAACUUAUAUUUGAUAUAUCACAUUUUUACUGAUUGGGUCAAAUGAGUCGAUCUGUGCUGAGCUUUGCUGUUGCUGUGUGUUGUAUUGUGAUGUAAUAUGAUUUGAUAAUUAUUUAUUUAAUGAUUUAUUUAUUAUGUUUCAUUACUUUAAAAUAAUGUAUUUUUUUACUGUCACAAAAUAUAAUCAGUUCCUUCAUAAA